AUGUAUUUUGAUAAAAUACAAAAUCAUGUUGAAUUAACAUGUCAAUUUUCAACAGGUGAUGUACGUGAUUUACUACGUACACGUGAUUUAUUAUCCUAUGGACAACUUUCAUAUGAUACUAUAUUAACAUCAAUCCAAAAUUCAUUUAUAUAUCUAUCUGAUUUAUUUCCAUCAUCACAACAUUUAUCAAAUUUAUAUGAUUUAUGUGAUGAAUAUUUUCGUACAUGGUUUGAUAAAGAUGAUUUAAUGAUAUCAUUAAUAAGUUAUAAUUAA